AUAUAAAGGAGAGAGACGGCUUGGAGCAGACGGCUGAGACGGCCCUCCGAAACCUGGCCUGAGUACCCCUCUAUUCCCCCUUCACCCUCCCUCCCACCCCGCCUGGGGCACCUCCUCUCCUCUCUCUUCACCCCAGGGGGGCAAUCUCUGAUCUGUGACCCCCCUGUAAUAUAGGGGGCUUUAUAUCGCCCCUACUGCCUCUAUCAGCCCCCCUUAUUGUGAUACCCCCUGUGUGAAGACGGAGGGGGCUGUUAUUUUAUUGCCCUAAUCCCCAUAUGUGGGGGGAGUCCUUAUAACUGCCCCAUCCCCCCUAUCACCCCCUCUCACUGGGCGGGAAGGGGAGCUCUGGUAUAUUCCUUUCUGAAUACCCGCUGUGUGGGCAGGGAGUAAUCCCUUUUAUACCCCCAUAUAAUACCCCUCUAAUUUAUCCUCCCUGUAUAAUACCCCAAGGGGUAAUUUAACCCCUCCCCCCAUGUAAUCUCAGUUUGUGCAUAUAGUAAUCCCUUUAAUUGCCCCCACCCCCUCCAUAUGUGUAUUUUAUUACCCCCCAUGUAAAUUCCCUGUGCGGGUCAUUUAUUGCCCCCUCCUGCAUUUAAGUGCCCUGUUGCUCCUCCCCAUAUGUAAACCCCCCACCUCCUGUGUGAGUUCCUUUAUUGCCCUUUUUGUAUUAUCUGUUGCCCCCCUACAUUGAGAGUGAGGGGGAGGUGUGGGUUGCUGGUAAGGCUUUCUUCCCUUUGUUUGUCGAUUGGGAAAGAGGGGUAUUUAGGACAGGGAUAUAUAUACCCCCUUCCUAAUCACUAAACUGUUGGAUAUGGCGUCUUCGGCUAAUGCCAACCCCGUGCCUAAAUUGUACAGAUCUGUCAUUGAAGAUGUCAUUAACGAUGUACGAGAACUCUUUCUGGAUGAAGGGGUCGAUGAGCAAGUCCUUAUAGAGCUCAAGACUCUGUGGGAGAGCAAGUUAAUGCAAUCAAAAGCAGUGGAUGGGUUUCACUCCGAAGAGCAACAGCUUCUCCUGCAAGCUCAGCAACAGCAGCAGCAUGCUCAACAUCACCAUGUGCAUCAACAGCAACAGGCGGCCGCCCACCAGACGCAGGCACAACAAGUUCUUAUCCCUGCUUCACAUCAAGCCCCCCAGCAGCAAGUUCUACUUCCAGAAUCCAAGCUGAUCCAUCAUAUGACCCAGCAAGGCUUGAGUUCAGCAGCGGCAGCCGCCACCUUGGCUUUACCAGCAGGUGUGACUCCUGUUCAGCAGCUCAUCACUAAUUCAGGUCAACUCUUACAAGUGGUCCGGGCAGCUAAUGGAGCACAGUACAUCAUUCAGCCUCAGCAGCAAAUGGUCCUGCAACAACAAGUCAUCCCCCAAAUGCAGCAAGGUGGGGUGCAGGCCCCAGUAAUCCAGCAGGUUUUAGCUCCUCUCCCUGGGGGUCUCUCACAGCAAACAGGAGUGAUCAUACAACCCCAGCAGAUAUUAUUUACGGGCAACAAACCGUCUGUCAUCCCUACCACCAUGUCGGCUACACAGGCCUCUGCCCAGGCCCAUCUUACCAUGGCAAGUCAGCAGCAACAGCAGCAAGCGCAGCAAGGACAACAGCAGGCGCCACUGGUCUUGCAGGUAGAUGGAGCAGGUGAUACCUCUUCUGAAGAAGAUGAAGACGAGGACGAAGAUGAUUAUGAUGAGGAGGAAGAGGACAAGGAAAAAGAUGGUGAAGAUGGCCAGGUGGAAGAGGAACCACUCAAUAGUGGAGAUGAUGUGAGUGAUGAAGAGGGCCAGGAAUUGUUUGACACAGAAAAUGUUGUUGUCUGCCAGUACGAUAAGAUCCACCGGAGUAAAAACAAGUGGAAAUUUCAUCUCAAAGAUGGGAUCAUGAACCUGAACGGACGAGAUUUUGUCUUCUCCAAAGCCAUUGGAGAUGCCGAGUGGUGAGGCAUCUGACCCCUUCACUCAGUCAAGGUUUCCAUGGGCGGAAGGUGAUUCAGUGAUUCAUUGUCAAAAUAUCAGCCCUGACUACUGGAGACAUUUCAUCUUUCCUGGAACUUAAUACAAGAGACUGAAAAGUGCCCAAAUACUCCACUAGAAACCAUGUACUGGAGCGAUUCAAAGGACACGUGCCGCUAGCUUCUAAGCUGCUGCUUUAGGUGUAACGUUAACUUGGUCUUGACUGGACAAAGCUGACCCCUGCAGCGACCAUUUUAAAUUAAUGUGCAACUCUUUUAAAUUUUUCUCCUUUUUUUUUUUUUUUAACUUUUUGAGUGUUUCUGGCUUAUUGCAGAGAUUGUACUAACCUUGCAUUGGCUGCAUUAGAAACUGCAGACCUAUUGCUACUGUUUUUUUUUUUUUUGUCUGGUGUGCUGCAGUUCCAGACACAGUCCUUUCACCUCAAUGUCCUCCUGGCUUCCAGUUGAAAGCGUGUAUUGCUCAUUCUGCGUGUGCUUUCUGUACUUGCAGGCGAGCACCUCCUGUUUUUGUUUUGUUUUUAACAACUGCACCGGAUAUUUAGAAUUCUUCUUACACAUGUUCUGUGGUCGGGUAAGGGGGGACAGGUGCCACAUGCUUACAAACUAAUGUAGUGUGAUUCUACAAUUCUAAAUCUGGUCAUUUGUUCCAGCAUCCAACGAAUUGCUAAUAUUUUGAAUAAAUCUUAACUUUUGCACUAAAAAAAUAAAAAAAAAAUCUUGACUUUCGGGGGCCCACUUUAAUAUCACAUUGAGAGGACAGUUUUAUGUUGCCCCCAUAUUUAAAAUUGAUAUUUGUGAAAUAUUACAAAUUUGCGGGAACUCAUUCUGCAGUCUCCUUUAUUUUUCUGUGCGAACGGUGAUUACUGGUUACUAAACUGUUUCUAAACCAGUCUGAUUGCAAACGAACGAUGUUCGAACGGCCUUCUGUCUAGUGCCUAAAUAGACACUGGAAGCUUGCAGGGUACACCGACACAUUUUGGUAGAAAAAUUGAUUGCUGCAGCAUAACAUUCUUUUGAGGUGUUUGGAAUAUAUGGCUAGCUUUUUAUUUUUUUUCUGGUUUUGCCAAGGUUUACUUAAAACUGGAAGAUGUCUUUAAACUUUAAGGCAAGUCCUAGCAAGACAUUGGAUUCACUCUUAAGAAGCGGAGUUGUCACUUUACUAAAUGCGUCCAUUUUUCCAUUCCUUCCCAGAAGAUACAACUUAAAUCACCUUGCCGCCUCCUCACAAUGUGCUUUCAAGGGAACGGUCAAGAAAAACUGCUUCCGUGGGAUAGCUAUUUUAAAUAAAUCCCCCAUCUAUAUGAAAUUACAUUUUGCCAAAUGUUUACAAUUUUAAUUAAGUUCUGUCCUUUAAGGGAUGUGGGGAGGGGAAGAGUUGCUGUGUUUUGUUUUCAUUUCAAUUUAGUUUUUCUCCUUUCUGUAUUUUCCUUAAAUGGUUUGCAAAAUGAGCCACUGGGCUGUUAAAUGGGACCAAAGGUACCUCAAUGUGCCUUAAAUAGUUGGUUUCCAUCAUUGUGUUUUUGUAGUCCAUGAACGCUCCUGUAUUCCAAAUUACAAUGUGUCCUGUUCCUGUUUUUGUAUUUGUGCAGAACACCAAUUUCUAAUGGUCUCAUGCAGCUCAGACUUUGCCCUAUAUAUGCCCAAAGACUUUUUUUGCCAAUCUGUGUCAUGCAUUUUUCUUUUGACAAAUAAUUUUAGGGGAUGGAGCUGGAUUGUUUUUGUUUUAAAUUAUGUAGAGCUGUUCUCAUUUAAAUGUCUGUUCCUGUUCCUUUUUAUGGGCUGACACAGGGGUAGGUAAUGUCUGGCACUUCGGCUGCUGUACGCUAUGCCAUGCGUGGCAGACUAUCAGAGCUAGUCGACUGCUGUUAGGAGUGUCAGAGGCUGCAUAUCCUUGCACUGAAGGAACCUUUGAACUGCUGUUGUACAUACAGUUGUGCAGGAGGGGGGGCAAAACUAUUUAUUAUGUUUGUAAAAUUCUGUACAAUUGCAGAUUAAGGAUGCGUUUAUUUUGUUUUCAUUUUUUUUUUCUUUACGGAAUUGUUUUUCAAAUGACAUGCUUAGAAUCGGAUUUUAGAAGACUUAUUUGAUCUAUAAGUUUUAAUAUUUUAACUUUGCAAAUACCUUUUAAUUAAAGUUAUUUUAGAAA